UCUCGGAUCGAAAAGAGGAGACAAAACACGUUAGCCGCUCGCCGCUAUCGUCAAAAACGCGUGGAUCAGAUGGCCAGCCUCGAGAGAGCCUUGAAAGAAACUCAAACCGAAAGAGACGAUCUCAAAGUCCGCGUUGCUAGGCUCGAGGGGGAGGUUGAAACGCUCCGGCAGUUGCUU